AUGGAACAGGUAACAAGCCAAACAACCAAACAAUCAACCAACUGCCUGACCAAGAGCCCAACAGUCAACCGACCAACCGAGCCAUCAGCCAAAGAACUAAGCUACCGACAAUGCAACAGUUCACACAAUGCUUCCAACAUACCUACCUUUCAUCUAUCCGCAUCAACUAGCCCCAAACUGGGGAAUAAAUCAACAUGCCUUCAUUAUGGUCAAGAUGCUGCACCUCAGGCUUGCAUCACCAGACCAAACCACGCCCUGACAGGCCCGACUGCAAUGCGCCAAGCCAUCAAAACGGCACACACUCUUCGGCGUGUGCACAGCUGCACACUCAAUCACAAUCACAAUCACAACCCUCGGGCAUGCAACAUCAACCUUUGCCUAUACCCCAACCUCACGGCCGGCCGGAUUGGGCCAACGAGGGCAAAGGGGGCCAACCGAACCCAUCCAAAUGAAACAGGCGAAAACCAUCCUGGCAAGCUAGUCCUACAAAAUCACACUCAUGCUAAAACCUCCCGGCUUUGGGCACAUACUUCUGCAGAAUUAGGCGCGCAAACUGGCCGAAGCCUUUGCGCCUAA